AGCUCAAACUACCAAUUGUUGCAUAUAUAGUACUCAACCACAUGGAUCCCAAGUUCAAGGGAGAGUGGAGUGCCUCUGAGGUCAGCAUGGUGAAAUCUCUCAUUGAAGUGGACAACGCCAACAACAAUUGUGCUAGUGAUAUGAACAAGAAGCACAAUCAAAUUAUGGAUGAGCUCCAGAGUGGCAACCAACAUGUGGAAGCAAGUAGCAACCUCAUGAAUCAACCCUUUGGGGUGUUUGUGGGGGGUCUAUCCAUGGGCAACAUGGAAGCAUUUGGUGGUUAUCAAAAAGAGAUGUUCAGCACAAGGAAUGUAAAGGAGACUCCACGGAGGAAGCCCACUCCUCGAAAGGAGAGCCAGCACAAUAGGAGGUUUUGGACCACAGACGAGCAUAGGCAAUUCCUCCGUGGUCUACAUGUGUACGGGCGCGGAAAUUGGAAGAACAUCUCUAGGCACUUUGUUACCUCCAAGACACCAGUGCAGGUUUCUAGCCAUGCACAAAAGUACUUCCUUAGGAAAGAAAAUGGCACCAAGAAGCAGCGUUAUAGCAUCAAUGACAUUGGACUUUAUGAUUUUGAGCCCUUGCCGCAAACAAAUGCUUCUGCCUGGGAGGGGGCCACCUCUGGUGGAGGUGUCUACAACACAAAUCACUAUAGCUUUUGUGGACAUCCUACUUCCAUAAACAAUGCCCAUGCUUGGUCAUCAGUCCAAUACCACACUGGCCAUGGAAGUAGUAACAAUAUCCAGAUGCCCACCUUGGCUAUUGGCCAACAACAAGAGCAAAUGGGAACUAGUAGUUCUUUAGUGGCUCCGACCAUGGAGGCAGAUAGGGGCCACUUGGACUGGACUAGUGAUAAGCUGGGAGAUCUUCUUGAUACUCAGUGGAUGAUGAACAUGGACAUGAACUAGGUUUUAUCACCAUCUAGUACGCCACGUUGCAUGGUGGCCUAUUAGUUCAUCCUAUAUAUGUCAGUUAAGCAUCAUAGUAUUCUCUUAUGCUAGAGUGUGAGCAACUUUGUUAUCAUGAAAUAUGCGUGGUACUUUCAAAUGUAUGUGUCUUGUUUCA